AUGCAUUUCCUUUUUUUGGUGUUCCUGUUUAAUGUAUUAGUAGAAGGGAUAAAGAUUAGCAAUGGUUUUAAGGGAAAUACAUUGAGAGGGAAUAAUUUGAUAUUAAAAAGGAAUUUAGUAGGAAAUAGAUUGUGUAUGUUCCCAAGUCGAUUUAGUAUAUUUUUUUGGAAAAAGAAAUAUCAUGAGAGACCUAUAGAUGAAAAAUUAAGUGUGAUUCCUGUAUAUAUAAUAACUAAUAAUAAUAAUUCGCCAUAUAUAUUUAAUGAACAAGACAGGCAAAUAUGUUAUAUGUUUUUGUGUCCAGAUGAUGCCGAAAAUAUGUUAAACGAAAUUAUAAAAAGUAAUGGAAUGCAAAAUCGAAAUAAUAUAAAGCUAUAUAAUAUAAAUAUGCAAAAAGCAUAUGAAUUAAUAAAAGAAUUUAUGCAUUUAAAAAAAUUAGAAAACCAAAAUAGUGAUGUAAAAAAUAAUAUUGUUUACUGGAAAUUGAUACCAUCAAAAAGACAAACACAGAAUGCUAGUGUUUUUUUAUCAUAUAGAAAAAAAAGCGAAUUAGUAUUUCCUGUUUUUUAUGUAGAUGGAUUUUAUGUAAAUAAAGAUCGAGCAAAUAUUGUUCCUUUGUUUUUUGAUAUAGAAGAUUUAAGAGAUACGUUAAACAAAAAAGGAGUGAAAAAUUAUAAAAUUAAAGUACUCAAUUUCGUUGACUUGAUAUUCUCGGAAAAUCAUAAAUCGUUUGGGUUUGUGCCCAGUUCCAAAAGUUUAGAGUAUUUGGAUAAGUUGAACAAAUUGGGUACAAGAAGGUCAUACUUUUAG